CCCGCUCGCGACCGUCUUACCUCAGCUGUGGCGGGACGGAGUUACUUCUGGGAGUUAUACCUGCGCCAGCUCCGAGAAAACAGACGUUUGUCAGACUUCUUUUGCUUCGCCUCCGCCGUACGAUGUGAGGAGAUGGCUGAAGGAAGGUCCGACUGGGUGGAGAUCGUGGAACCGCGCUCGCAGGAGCGCAUGUACGUCAACCUAUUGACCGGCGAGUGCGGCUGGGAGCCCCCGUGCGGCGUUCCUGUGCGCCAGUCCGAUGGCAACCAGUGGUGGGAGCUGUUCGACAACAACAACAAUCGCUUCUACUAUUACAACUCCACCAGCCAGCAGACGGUGUGGCACCGCCCCCAGGGCUGCGACAUUGUGCCUCUCGCCCAGCUCCAGGCCAUCAAGAAGAGCUCCGAGGCCGAACUGAAGGGCCACGGGCGACCUGGGGCAGGGUCGGGAGACGGUAGGCACACCCCCCUGACUGGAAUGGUUUCGCCCAUCGCAGCCGCCUCCCAGGAGCCAGAGAGCGGGAGGGAGAUGCCAUUGUCUAAUGGGAGAGGGGACAGUCUAGAGAAGAGGAGUCAGGAAAUCAGGGAACCCACUCCUAGAUGGCAGCCUGCCCCGGGCUCCAAGGCAGCCAUGUUGGUGAAAGUGAACAGUGCCAGCAGGAACCAGGCCGUAGCUGCUGUUAGCCCGCACCACCUCCUCCACCUCAGCAUGUCUGCUGCCAGCUCCACCUCCCCCAAGGCCACCCUCCCCGAAGUGCCCAAGCAGGCCUUCCACCUGAAGCGGCCCGACAACGGCAGCUUCAGCCUGCCCAUGCCGGACUCCGGCGCCCCCUUGUGCCCGACCACCCAGCACCUCGGCCAGGCUGCUCCCCAUCCAUCCUUCCCCCUGUAUGGAAUUCCAGCCCCUCCACCGAUCUACGACGAGCCACCUACCGUGGACCCCCCGAUUUACGACGAGCCCCCGGUGGAGAUGGAGGUGGAAGGCGCUCAGCUCUCCUCUCGCGGCCCCUACACCUCAGCGUACAGCCUGCCCCGUGGAACCCAGGCCCCCAAAACUCCUCCUCUUCCUCACGCGCACAAGCGGAACCCCUCCGCGGGCGAGUACAGCCCGGCUGGCCGCGAAUGCAUCAAGCACAUGGUCAAUGUGGACCCAGGCUCCUCCAGGCCCCAGCCCCUGACGUCCUCCAGCCUGUUUGGGGCCGGGCCUGCUCACCAGCCCCCUCCUUCUGCAGUCCCGGCCGUGGCCCGGAAGGAGGUCUCCCUGGAGAGGAAGCAAUCGCGGAAGCCGCAGGAGCCGCGCCACAGCCGGCAGAGCAGCCUGGCGUCGCAGGAGUACCCCAGCCCUGCCGCCAUCACCUACCAGGACUCAGGCUACUCCACGGGGCCCUCGCCCAGCCUGCGGCGGAAGAGCCGCCGCCGCACUGCAGGGCCCGGGCCGCCGCCCGGCCACGCCUGGCCGGACUCGGUGGGCGAGCCGGGCGUGCUCAGCGAGCAGCUGCUGGCGGAGGUGAAGGCAGCGGUGAGCCGCUCCGGCGCAGCGCUCGGCAGCAAGGCCAGCCUGGACACGGACAUGGGCUCGGAGGCUUCCGGAAGCGGCGGGGAGCGCGCCCCCCGGGCCGCAGCGGAGGCAAAAGGGGAUGGGCCACAGGGGGAGGGGUUGGCAGGGGGACAGAAGAGGACGUACGAGAAGGUGGACUCGCUGGAGAAGAGGGGGACAUCUCAGACCAGCCUGUCAACGCCAGAGCCACCCACGUCCCUCUCUCAGACAGGAACACUGGAAUCCAAAGGCCACUCAGACCUCCGACCCCUACACAGCGACUAUGACCACGGCGACUAUGACCACGACGGCAGGCCAGGUCGCGGCACCACUUCCAGCCAGGGCUCCACAUCCGCCCCCCAGGCCCGUCACGCUACGCCCGGCCCCGCCUACCAGUACCCCUACACCACCCUGUGCAAGCCCUUGGCCGGCGCCGACAUGGAGGACUGGGCGAGCAAGAACUUCAACCUUCACACCCAGGGCCUGUUCCGCAGACGCGUCUCCAUCGCCAACAUGCUGUCGUGGAACCGCGGCUCCAUCAAGAAGCCCAUGCUGAUCACCAGCGACCGCGCCAUCAAGAAGGAGGCCUGUGAGAUGUUCAAGCUGGUGCAGGCGUACAUGGGCGACCGGCCGACCCGCCUUGAGCGGCGCCACACGGCGCUGCAGGUGGUCACCAAGUGUUGGAGCAUGCAGGGUCUGCGCGACGAGCUCUACGUGCAGUUGGUGCGGCAGACCACCGACAACCUGAGCCUGCGCAGCCUGGAGGCCGGCUGGGAGCUGAUGGCAAUCAGCCUGGCCUUCUUCUCCCCUUCGCCCAAGUUCCGCCGCUACCUGGAGGGCUACAUCCAGAGACACCUGGAGCCCAGCAACGAUAAAAAGAUAUUACAGCGAAUUAUGGAACAACAGGACAUAAAAAACAAGAAGAACUCAAAGUCCAGGAAGAAGAGGAAACAGAACAAUGAAGAAGAGGAAGAACCUGGUCUGCCAAUCAGCACUUAUGCCAAAUACUGCUACCGCAAGCUGCAGAAGGUUGCUGUGACCGGGGGCAAGAAGGGCCUGCGGAAGCCCACGCUGGACGAGAUCGACCACGGGCGCAACGCCAUCGUGACACCCUCCCUGUUCGGCAGUGCCCUGGAGGAGAUCAUGGAGAGACAGGGAGAGCUGUUCCCCCAGCGGAGGCUGCCCUGGGUGCAGGUGCAGCUCUCGCACUGCGUGCUGGCCCUGGGCGGCGCACAGACUGAAGGCAUCUUCAGGGUACCAGGAGACAUCGAUGAAGUAAAUGCCCUCAAACUUCAAGUGGACCAGUGGAAAAUUCCAGAAAAUCUCUCAGACCCUAACGUCCCAGCUUCUCUGUUGAAGCUGUGGUACCGAGAGCUGGAGGAGCCAGUCAUUCCACAGGCGUUCUAUAAGCAGUGCAUCAGCCACUACGAGGACCCUGAGGCAGCCAUCAGUGUAGUGCAGUCCUUACCAGAGCUCAACAGACUGGUGCUCUGCUAUUUCAUCCACUUCUUACAGGUGUUUGCCCAGCCAGUGAACGUGAGCAAGACAAAGAUGGACGUGAACAACCUGGCCAUGGUGAUGGCUCCCAACUGCCUGCGCUGUCAGUCGGAUGAGCCACGGGUCAUCUUCGAGAACACGCGCAAAGAGAUGUCCUUUCUCCGCAUGCUCAUCGUGCACCUGGACACCAGCUUCAUUAAGGGCCUCAUCUGACCCCUCAGCCCUGACCUCUCACCCCUCCACUCGUCCAAUCAGCUCUGAGUGGCCAGUCCCACACUCGGGACUUCGUACCACCUCUAAUGAAUCCUUCUUAUUCGGUUGCCUCUGUCUUUUUUAGCUUUUAGAAGAGAACAAAAGAUUUCUUAAAGGAUAUCUUAAAGGAAGUGUCUGACGAAUUUCUCUGAUGUGGCCCAUGCGCUCUCGGAGCCGUGCGGAGUUCGCCCCAUUCGGCUAACAGACUUUUACAACUGGAAUCACCAGCAAGUAAAGCCUCAGGCUUGUGACUCACUGAUUCCCUGAAUCCAAGCUUCCCCUGAAUCGUUUGACCCGUUUCGUUUUUGGGAAUCUUCACCAGGAAUCAACCACGCAGCCGCCUGACAAUCGAGUGUUCUAAGCAAAACACACAGGACUACGAAUGACGCAGGAGCACUCCGAACCAAAUAAACAGGGUCUUCGGCUCCUUGGACUAUCACUACUAGUUCUGUCCUCUCUGGAAAGCAGGGUUUGUACACCGAGACACGAGCAAUGCUCCUCCUGUUGUGUAAUUUAAAGUGGUAUGAGUGUGUUGGGUGUUACGAGUGUUAUGUGUAUGCUGUGAAGAAGCUUCUGCUCCGUUUUUGUGUCAAAGGCCGGGGUUGGGGGGGGGGGGGGGGUUGGUGCAUGGCGUCAUAACAGCCAACAUCCAAACGCCUGAGUCUUCUCCAGGCUCCGGUGCACGGCCUCCUCUCUCCACCUGAGAGAGAACCGCUAGCCCAGCCAGCUAUUUUUAGCCGCUAGCAGGUCAGCAGAAAGGCAUGCGUUCACUAAGGACUCCUCAUUGUUGAUCACUGAGAGAGAACGCACACUUUGGCAGUUAAAAACCCUUCGCAAGCCUGACUCUGAGCAUUGUUUGGGAAGCGUAUUUUUGUACUGUGCUAUUCCCAAAAGCUUUAAAAGGAGAAGGGGGAGAUUCCAUAUUUCCAAAGAGCAGUUAAGGAGAGGCGCAGGAGGAUGGUGAGAGCGCAUUUAGCUCAGCAGGCGAAGUUUGGGGUUUAGCGCCCAGUGUGGGCCUGAGAUGGCUCGUGGUUUGGCAGGAGGCUGUGCUAGAGUGCCUUUGCUCAUACACACACACACACACACACACACACAGACAGAGGUCCCACUUCUAUUUUAAAGCUUGGGGGCCCCAAACGAGACAGUUCCACCAGCCAGAAAAUAGUCUGGUGAGGCCCCAAACGAGACAGUUCCACCAGCCAGAAAACAAUCUGGUGAGGUUGGCAUGCUCCAGGGUCUCCACAACUGGACGUCUGGGUCCAUCCGCACCGGGCAGCAUGCUACCACACGUUUACAACAGCCCAAGUCAUCUUCCCCCGCUGCUGGGGAGAAAGCGAGCCGACUACCCUGCCCUGGGCCCCCCGCGGUGGAGAGAGCCUCUCCGGUCGGAAUCGCUGACAUAGCAGGAGCAUUUCGGGACGUUGCUUCCAUAGUCGCACGUCUCCUGAAAUGAGCAACCUGAUUGGAAGAUGUAAUGCAGCCCCCGCUGGGAGAAGAGAAAGGCACCGACGUCUUAGAGGGCAGAACAGCACGUCCAUCUCACUGGAGUUUCUCUUAUUCUGUAUAUAUGACCAUAUGUGAAUAGCAGUGUGCUCUCCACUUCUCUCCACACGUGUCUUUACCCCGACUUUAUAUGUUUCGCGUCCAUUCAGGUGUGUGUGUUAUUUCUUGGUCUGAAUGUAAUCCUCCCU